GUUUGUUGGCGCAGGCAUCCAACUGGCUCCCAACAUGGCGCGCGUGCUGGACGGCUUAGGAGUGUGGAAAGCCAUUGAGAAAGAGGCCGUCAAUAUUGAGGACACCAGCGUACGGGUCGGCGCCUCCAACGCCGAGCUGGCCUACGUGCCGUUGCACUACAUUGAAGAAACCUACGGAUACAAGCAUAUGGUGGGUCAUCGCGCAUCGUUGGCAAACGGCUUGUACCAGGGCUGUCUGUGCCACCCGGACCAGAUACACUUCCACUUCGCGACGACCGCCGAGCAGAUCGAGUCGUUUGGCCCGCGCCCGACUUUCACGGCCGUGCCGCGCGACGCAACCCAGCAACCCUAUCAGGUCGAGGUCGACAUCUUACUAGGAGCGGACGGCAUCAAGAGUAACACGCGGGUGGCGAUGCUGCAGGAGCUAGGCAUCGAGGUCGGCAUCCAAGACACGCACCAGGCAGCAUACCGGAUCCUCAUCCACCGCGACCAAGCACAGCACGACCCGGAGCUCCUCGAGCUCAUCAACAGCAACCGGGUCACGCGGUGGAUCGGCGAAAAGCGGCACAUCAUCGCAUACCCAGUCUCCAACAACACGAUCUACAACAUAUCGACCGCGCAGCCCGACACGCACUUCGCAGCCGCCACCAACGCAACCUACACCACGCGCGGGUCCAAAUCUACCAUGCUCUCCGUCUUCGGCGACUUCUGCCCGCUCGUGCAGCGCAUGCUCAACUACGUCCCCGAGGGCGAAGUCUGCGAGUGGAAGCUCCGCGUCCACGACCCCCUCCCGACCUGGGUGCACGGCUGCGUCGCGCUCCUCGGCGACGCCUGCCACCCCACCCUGCCGCACAUGAACCAGGGCGCCGCCCAGGCCAUCGAGGAUGGCGCCGUCCUGGCUGAAGCCCUGUCGCGCAUCCCAGACUGCACCCCGGCCUCCGUGAACCGCGCCCUCCAGGUGUAUGAGAAGGUGCGCAAAGACCGUGCCUAUGCGCUGGUCGCCUUGGCUGCGGAGUCUGGCCGCGCUUUGCACCUCGGUGACGGGGCUGCUAAGAAGCAGCGCGAUCAGCAGUUUGCGGCCCUGCGACAGGGGAAGGGACCCGUGCCGGAUAAGUGGGCUGAUGCGGAUGUGCAGAGGGGGAUUUAUGGGUUUGAUUGUGUGCGGGUGACGCAGGAGAAGUUUGAUGAGUAUUUUGCGUAGAUGCUUCAUUUUUCUGCUACAAUUUCUGCUUGGUUCUCUUAUUGUCUGUGUGUGGUCCUUCAAUACUGAUGAGAUGAAGAUCUGCUCGAGAUACCAAGCGGGCAUGAGGUAUAUAUUCGCACGAGUUAUGAAUAUUCGGCAUUUUUGGUGAUUUCUCACCGUUGCUUUUUCUGUUGCCACUUUUACAGGGCCUUUAUCAGAAUAUG